CGAGCGCUCAAAGGGUCGGCCCUCGGCCCCGGGCCGGCCUCGCGCCUCCCGCCAAGGGGGCCGCCUCCCGCCGCGGGGGGCUGCCCCGAGCCAUGUGCCGCCGCUGCUGCCGGCACCGGCGCGCAAGCUUCGAGCUGGGCGGCGGUGGACAUGCGCCCGAGUUGCGCGGCGCUGAUGCUGCUUUGGCUCUCCGAGGCGGGGGCGCUGGCGGGCGAUGCCGCGAGGGCGGCCUCUCGGAUGGGGCCGUCGCCCGGACGAGGCCCGUGGGCGGGCUCCGCGCCGCACCGCCGAGGCAUCGGCAUCGGCGGUGCGGCUCGAUGCAGAGCCCGACGACGGCAUCGGCAUCCGCGCCGACGGCGGCGAUUCGUCGCCGACGCCGCCGAUGCGUCGCCGAUGCGUCGCCGACGCACCGGCGCGUUCCUCCGUCCUCAUCUGCUCGGACCCCACUCGGGAGACUUCGGCGGAGGCUGGGCCGCUCGGGCAGCGCCUCGGGGCGGCAGGGCCCUCUCCGUCCUCUGCGCGGGGGGGGGGGUCGGGCAUCGGGGCCUCCGGAGCCUCUGUGUUGCUGUCCGUGGCCGCCUGGGCUCGAGCGCCCGUGGGUGCCCAAUGGUGCCCGACGUCCUGGUGCACCGCAUGCCGUUCCAGCUCCGCCCUCUUGCGCGCUCAGGCUGCGUUCCCGGGCGGGCCGCUGGGCGGGCAGCGGAGGUCGCCGGGCAGGCGGCAACGGUGGGUGUGCUGUCAGUGCACGCCGCCGUCGAUGCUGCUGCGGGAGGAUCAGUCGAAGGAAGGGUGCUCCGAGCGGCCAGGGGGGGGAGGGCGGCAGCGGCGGGAUGAGGCCAGGCCCGAGGUGCGGGACAGCGGUGCCUCGUACGGAGCUGGGAGAGGCAUCUCUGGGUUGCCAACGGUCGCGGGUGUUCGGGAUCGGGAGCAGGCACCCCAGGGUUUUGGUACUGUCCAGCUCGUUGACGCAAAAGGCUCCGAGACCUGUCACGAGGUAGUUCGAGCUCUCUACGGGCAUAUACAGAACGGUGCUGCCCGCUGCAACGGCAUCAUCUACCACAAGAAGUAUGUUGUGCACGUGCCGGAAAUUGACCUUGCCGAGCUGAUGCAGGUGAGCGAGAGUCACAGCGUGAUGGAGUUGCGCCGUCAGAUGGAGCGGCAGACGGGACGACGCGCUCCUCGCCUAAAAAUGUUCCAUUCCGACGGAUCGAGCUUGAAGCGCGCGUCAGCAUCGUCGGGCCACAUGUUGUCCUCGCCCACUGUUGGCGCAGGGGCGCUCGGCAGACAUGAGGAGCGCACCCACGGCGAAGGAGGUUGAAAGGAUCGAGAGGGCACCUGUCGUGACUAAGGUCACCACGUCGGAGAGCGUCCUUGCAGUGAUGGAGGAGCCCAGCAUGGAGAGGGCUCCAGUCACCAUGCACGAUCUUGACAAUCCUUCCCUCUCCUCCAUUUUUCGUCCUCUUCUCUCAUCCCUCCUCCCCUGUUGACCGUUUUUUUUCUGCGCGAGCGAUCCUCAUACGAAGAUAUCCAAAGAGGGCCACGCUUGUGCCAACAUGCAGAAGCGCUUGCACAUUCCGCGUGGCUCCUUUCUCUUGGGGUGGAGGGUGUGGGC